GUUCACUUUAUGAAUACAUCCCAAUCUCUGUUGAGACCAGAUUAUGACUAACAUCAUUGCUUCGUGGGUUUCGAACGAAUUAGAUUUGCAGGGCCAACCAAUUGAGAAGGCAUUCGCAAACGGUUACUUACUUGGAAAACUUUUGUACAACCACGGUAAAUUUCAGAAACUUCAUCUCCUGAGAAACUCAGACUCAACAAAUUCUAUUGUACAAAAUUUCACAUAUCUUCGGUCAGCUUUUCAUGAGCUCGGAAUAAAUAUCGAUGCAAAUUUGAGUCACGACAUAAUUACGGGAAAGCCUGGAAGUAUACAGAAUCUUCUGUAUCAAAUUUAUGUGAUACUUAAUGGAACAGAAGGUUCUGGUUGUUCGGAUUCUAUCAACUUCUGUCGUUCCGAUCGCACGAAACUGAACACUUUUCUAAAUUUGUCUUACAAGCAGCAAUUGAAACAGCUCAUCCCUCGACAGUCAGAUAUUAGUCUGGCACAAAUUUUAUCACGUUUCGAAAAACGAAAACAAAUAAAAGAUGAACAAACGAAGAAAGCUGACAUAAAAACCUUAUUAGAAAAAAAUGCGUUAAUCCAAAAACAUCGAAAUUCAAGGCUUCAAAGAAGUUAUGAUUUACGUGUAAUGCAAUCUGAACUAAUGGCUAAAUUAGAAGCAAAUAUCAUCAACCUCCCAAAGUCUGUUAGAAAGAAACUAAUAUCUGCGAACAAGGAUACGCGACAAACUAAAGCAAAUACGUGUAAUAUAAGCUUGAGGGAACUGGAUGAAUUUGAUCUGCUUCACAAGGAUAUUGAAGGAACCAAUAUCAACAAAUUGAAGCUAAAAGAUAAAACUAACGAAGUAUUGAAUUCAGCUUUCAGCUUGCAGGCACUAGGUACCAUAACAAAUGAUCCCAACAAAACAACAGUAAAUUACAUGAAACAAAUUCAUUCGAAAGUCACAGAAGAAAGAAAUGCAAUAUGUGAACGCCAGAAAAGGCGAAGAAGAGUCAUCAUGGAUAUAUUAGAAGCACAUCAUUUACAACAGGCAAGUUAA